UCAUUUGUCAAUCACAUAACUCAAAUGCUUCAGAAAUUAACAAUAAAAUAUUAAAUCUUUAUCAGAAAAAAUAUAUAAUGAAUAAUAUCAUACUAUACUUGUCAUGAUUUUUAUGGGUACUUGUAAUAAUGACUUCAGUUUUGUCAAAAUGAUAUUGUAGAAACUACUCACUUUUAUGAAUUGUUAGUACGAUAAUAUCAUCAUCGUAGAUAAUAAUUUUCCAAUUGAAAAUGGAAAGCGUAGAAAAAUGUGGUUUACAGCCACAAACUUUGUCACAUAACUAUGAUAGAGUUGAGCCAGAUUGGCCACACAAUGAAAUUGUUUCUCCUAACUCAAACAAUUCUACCUUGCUUUACAUUGCGGUGGAAUAUGUGAAAGAUGAAUUGAAGGGAGAUUCAAAUCCAAAUAUAUCAUCAUGUGAAAACUUUAUGAAUUUGCAGGAACAUGUCGGUUCUUUUGAUCCAAAUAUGAAUUCGAUUGCUGAGUACAGUCCAGUUUAUAAUGAUCCUAAUAAUUAUAAUCCUGUUGUUAUUCAUCACCUGGUUUCUUCAGAUGCCAUUGAAGAAAGUAGUGCAUUUGUUAACGCACCAGAUACUAAUUCUUCUCUUGAAACUAUACCAACAGUUUUGUAUGAUACUGGUAUAGACAAUGUCGGUGAACAGUAUUUACAGGUAGAAAAUUCUACAAGUUUACAUAAUGGUCAAAAUUCAUCUGAAACUAGUAAAGAAUCAGGAGUCGAAAUACUUAUAACAGAUCAAGCUACAGGUAUUUCUUACAGUGUUUGCAGUCAGGAGUUAUUAGUGAAACAGGAGCAACUUUUGGAAGCAUUAUCCCCAGGCCCUUUGUUAGAUUCUGAAUUAUUGAUGAUAGAUGAAAGCACUUUAAAAAAUAAUUUGCCGCAAGAUUUAAUCAAUGGAGAUGUUAGUACAGGUGAAGAUAAUAAUAUCGUCUCAAAUUUCAUCUCCGAUUUUUCUGCUGAGAAAGAAAAAUUUGACAAUAACAUAGAAGAAUUUCAUAAAUUGAGAAAAAAGACGGUACCAGAUGAAUUAGAAUGUGAGGAUAAGUUAAUGUCAAGAGUUUUUAAUAUUGUCGAUAAACCAAUUCCAUCACGAGCUAGAGCAACGCUUCCUGAAACUUACUUGAAGAUUAUGAAAGUGGGAGAAGAAUGGGCUGUGUUUGCUAAGAAAUGUAUAAGAAAAAGGACUCAGUUUGGACCAGUUCAGGGCAUAUUGAAAAACAGGGAAGAUAUUGUGUCUGGUGAUAAGAAGUUGGAACUUUUAUUGAAAGAUGAUGAAGAUAGAACCUUAGGUUUAGAUAUAUCUGAUGAAGAAAAUUCAAAUUGGAUGUGUUUCAUAAGGAGGGCUGAAUCAUAUGAAGAACAAAAUUUAGUUGUCAGCCAACAAGAAAAUAGUCUUUAUUUCACUGUAAUUAGAAACAUAUUGCCGAAACAGGAACUUAAGGUUGGUUACAGCUUCAUAUACGCUAAUCAGCAUAACUUACCUGCUUUGGAAAAAAAAAUAGUGGAGGAGCAGUGGCUUUGUUUCGAGUGUACCGAAUAUUUUGCAACUUCUGAAGAUCUUCAAAAACAUUUGUCAGUUCAUGAAGAAAGAGGAGAAUCGGUAAAAUUCAGAAAAAAAAAUUGGAAAAGCAAGAAAAAGCUGCUGAAAGUUGCUAUCACAGAAGCAUGGCAAUGUAAAAUUUGUGAGGAAGUGUUCAACCCUCCUAAAUAUAGUGUGCUUAAACAACAUUUAUUGAAGAAACAUAAUGAAUGCAAUGAUAAUGUUGAAGAAAACUUUUUAUUGAUAAGAAACUACAAGUGCGAGAAAUGUUACCUUGUCUUUCAAUCUGAGAAUCUUUUCAAAGUGCAUAACCUUCAACACAGUGUGGAUUUGAACAACGACGAAUUUGACAAUGAAACUUGUCAUGUUUGUCCAGCAUGUAACAGAAAAUUUGUUACUAAGAAGCAAUUGGUUAUGCAUGUAUCAUCUCACUCUUUGCCGAAAUAUAAAAUAAUUCCCGAACGCUUCCAAUGUCCAAUUUGUUAUACAUCAUAUCCAUUGAGGGAACGUCUUCAGAGACAUAUGCUAAUUCAUGGUCCUGAGGAAUCAAAGCCUCUGCAAUGUCAUCAGUGCAAAAAAAGAUUCAUGACUAAUUCGGCAUUAAUUUGCCAUUUGAAAACUCACAUAUCCGGAGAAAAUAUUUAUGAAUGUCCAAUAUGCAAGGAUCGUUUCGAUAAUGUGCCAAAAUUGAAAGCACAUGUCCAAAAACAUUGUGUAAACAAUACGUAUACAUGCCCCCAGUGUAAUAAAAAAUUCAAAGCGUACAGUAUUAUUCGCAAGCAUAUACGAGCUUUUCAUAGUGAACAGAAGCAUAUUUGUCAACAUUGCUCCAAAGAAUUUCCAACUAUGGAUAAGUUGAAGAUACAUUUAUUGAAGUACUCAGACCACAGGGAGUUCUUAUGUUCGAACUGCGGCAAACAAUUCAAAAGGAAGGACAAACUGACCGAACACUGUAAAAGAGUACAUUCAGAAGAAAGGGAGAACAAUAAGCCCAAAGCAAUAACGAAUGAUAAAAAUGAAUCGAAGAAGUUUAUCCCUAAAGUUGAACCUACUGAUUUUCAUAGAUUCAUUUACAAAUGUCAUCCAUGUUUAAUUGGUUUCAAGAGAAGAGGUAUGCUUGUCAAUCAUUUGGCGAAACGCCAUCCUGACAUCAGUCUGGAUUCAGUUCCUGAACUUAAUUUGCCAAUACUGAGGGCUACCAAAGAUUAUUAUUGUCAAUAUUGUGAUAAAGUCUACAAAAGCAGUUCCAAGCGGAAGUUACACAUUCUAAAAAAUCACCCUGGAGCAGCUUUACCGAUAAGCAAUAGAAAGCAAGGAGUGUAUCAAGAAGUUGCUGGUCUACCUAACAUGUCUUUUUCUCAAACAGUAGGAAGCGUAACUACAUCUCCACAAAGUUGUAAAUGGUGCCAUAAGCAGUAUGCAAGUAAGGCAAAACUGUUACAUCAUCAGAGGAAAGAACAUUUGGGCAAUUUAAAACAGUCGCAAGAGGACAAUGACGAUAAGUCAAAUAAAGAUGUCAAUACUUCGGAGGAGAUCAGAGAAAAUGACGAACAAGAAUUUCCAAUUUAUAAGCAGAAUGAUUAUGUGGUAACAGAUAAAGUCUUCGAUACCAACAUUUCUGAGGAAUUUGUAGAUGAUCCAGAACCGGAUAUUCAUUUUGAACAUUUGGAAAAUAUUGGUGAGAAUGAAGUUUUCAAUCAGAAUGAGACAUUUGGUCUUCCGAAUUCGCAUUUAUAUCGACUUCUCACAAAUGCAAAUAAUAUGGUACCACCACGUUGAGGCAAUUAUGAAAUAAGAUAUGAGACACUAUUUCAAUCACUAAUUGAAGGAAAGUGAAAAUUGUCAAAAGUCAAGGGAUUGGUUGGGAAAUAUUUUGCCAAAGAACGGUAGGCAGGUAUUGUUCACACUCUGGAUAUUACUUACAUAGAUAUGUCCAUGGUAUUCUAUCUUCUGGGUGUAUUCAGUGUCUCAGAAGUAUCAAGAACUGCUUCAUGAAUUUGCUAAAUAUGCUUGAAAUAUCUAGUGCAAUGAUGAUUUGUCAAGGUUUUCAAAUCAUCAAUAGGUCAAUGUACUUAUACUACAAAUUUUUGGGAAUGAGAGAAUAUUAUACCAGUAUAGUUUUCGAAAAUAGUUUUGAGAGACAUUAGAUGGCAAUAUUUUGUUAUGCCUGUUGUUGAUCUUGUAAUAAUUCAGAUAAGUAGCCCUUUUUAAUUGAUAGAGAACUGCUAUCGUGAAUUUUUAAGACCGAUAUUGGGUCAUUUUGGUCUAUUGGGUUAUUUUAAAUUCCGAUACUUGGACUAUUUUGAUAUUUUUUAUAAUAUCAACAAUUGUGAGUUUCAUGAACCAAGUAAGUGAUUUAUUUAUUAUAAAAUAUUCAAGCUCCAUUCGAAAUGAGAUUCAAUGGUCUUUAUAUUUGAACUGAAUUAAAAAUAAUGGUAUUUUUUCAUGAUUAGACAAAUGAGAAGUUUUAAUUAAGUAUUGUGUUCUUUUGAUUAUUGUUGUUUGAAAAUGAGAAUUCCAAAUUGUCCAAAUGAAUAUUUGAUUUGUUUACUAAAAAAAUGAAUUUGAAUUUGCUAUUUUUUGAAAUUUCUUAUACUUGAUGUCAACUUGAUAAUUUUUAUGCGUCUUUGAAAUGAAAACUGUUUGUGAAUUUGAAAGGAAGAACAAUUAUUUCUUUAGCAACUGAAAUAAAUAUGUUGGAAGUGUGGCAUCAUAAGUAUGAUUGAAUUGAUUCAUUUUGAGCCAAAGGCGGUUUUAUUGAAAUCAAAUUUGAAAAUUUCCCAUUUAUUUGAUUGUAAUUUUUAAUGAUUAGUAAAAAUGAAUAAAAAUAUUCUGGAUGAA